AUGAAUGACCCCAGCCUCCCGCGAGGGAUUAGCGACGGCCUUGUAUAUGAUGAGCAACGAGCAACGUUCAAGAUGAGCUCUCGCAGUCGGUAUGCUCUUGACNNUCUCGGUUUCAACAAAAGCGGCAAUCAAGCUCGCGAUGCUGACCUGUCAAGCAACGAGAUACAGUUUGCAAAAGGAGCCCUUGAGCUAUACUACAAUUCUGAUCCUACAAACCAGCCCGUCACGUUCAAUCAAAAGGUGACAUGGAAUGAUGUAUUCAGCGCCGCAAAGGAAGCCAGGGCACUAGACGACCAGAAAGACAAAUCCUUGGAUGCCGUUAUGCAGAAGGCCAAAGCAUCGUACAACUCGUACAACUCGAGGGGACGCUUGCGGAAGCUGGGUCGUUCAUUCGGAGACAUUGCACCUGCCAUAGUCCACAAAUUAGAUUUCGCACCCGAUGAGAUGUAUAUCGGUGUUGUCUGCCAAGCCCUCAAGUUUGUUUUUGACGUCGCCAUACGAGUUGCAGAUAAGCGACGAAAGAUCCUCGACGCUUUUGAGAAUGUUCCCGAAUUAGUCAAAGAGGUUCAGAGGAACGACAAGUAUUAUGAUGAAGAUAGUGAUUAUGUGGUAUUGAGAGAACAGUUCAAUGCCUGCCUACUGACCUCAAUUACCAAGUCCAUCCAAUGGUUGGAAAAGGCGCGAUAUGUAACACCUUCUGCACAAGUUACUCAUCACGUUUUACUGAACAGUNNAGCAGGGAAGUCGAUCGAGGCCCUGAUUCAGGGUCCACUUGCAGCGAAGUCUGUGGACGACCUUAUGGACGAUGUACAGGAGAAGCGCAAUAAGUUGAUAUCUCGAAUACACUUCAUCAACAACAUAAGACUCCACUGGAGCACCAAAGAUGCAGAAACAAGCGUUCGUCAAGGAGGCGAACUCCUCGCUGGUCAGGCGAAGAUCAAAGAUCAGGUCGAUAGCACGGCACGCGAUGUCAAGGCCGUUGCACAUGUUUCCAAGGGUAUGGCUGAUACAAUCCAAGAGAUACACGCCAUGCUGCAGCAGCAAGAGAAGGAUCGGGCAAAAGCACGUGAAGUUGCGCUGGGAAGAGUUAGCAGCCAACUUUGGCACCACAACCGCAGCAGCAAGUAA